CAAAGUUAAAGCAGCGUCGAUUCAUUUCAUUCCGUUUAUAUCCGAAUGCAUCAUAUAUGGCCAUCAAAUCAAGCCAAAGCUAGCAAGCCUGAAAAUAUCCCGUUCAAGGCGUGGUUCAAGCCGGCCACAAACCAGAGGUCCGAGGGAGGGACCCAAAGAGGGGCCGAAGGAGCGGUCAGCUUGCCAAAAGGGUUGAAGCAAACCUAGCUGAAGCAACAACACCUUUCACGCUUGAAUCGUUCUCGACGCCUUCUACAUGGAACUGGAGCCCUAUGCCAUGGCGGAGUUCGUAAUCCACGUCCUCCAACAUAAAACCAAUGAGACUCAGGAUAAGAGCAAGAGAUUUUACUUGAGGCGGGUCCGACACCUCCUUACGUGCGGAGAAUGCCCCUCGGGUGACGAGAUGGAUGUGGCUUUGAGACAAGCGGGGGGCGUGGUCAAUGAUAUCCCCCUUGGCCCUCCCUUCAACGUUGCGCGUUGCUCGGAUACCACAAACAAUAUCCCCGGCACCUCAUCUCAAUCGUCCACCAAAUCCUCGGCUACAGCACCACCAGUGUCCUACCCCAAUUCACCGUCAUUGAUCAAGAUUAAAUUAGGAAAACUGGCUUCUCCGCCAUACAAGAAGAACUCUGCCGUAUUGAAGUCGAAGUGGAGGAGGCAAGAUCGGAAGCGGCUCGAAACGCUUCAAACACAAGGGCCGAAAUCUCAAAAGCAAAAACUCCUCGGCCUCUUUUAUGGUCAUCGAUUGGUGGGGAAAGGCCAGAAGCCUCGAAGAAUUCCGAUCAAGGAUGGUCCAGCUAACGACCUGGUGUCAGAUCCUCGAAUUUCGAUGGAGUCGGAAGAGUCAUCUACCCUAAAUUGAAGCCCGGAAAAAAAAUUGUACUGGUUGGAUUGGAUCAAAGAAUCUUGUAGUAUUUUUUCAUUAUAAAAACACAGCGAUCAGCUCA